CGUUUAGGAAGGCACAGACAGAGAAAGAAUGCUUGAGAGCGGACGUACAGCGUUGGAGAGACGCAGUGAGAGAUAGCAAGAGAGCCGCCAACCUCCUGCAGGAAGAAGUCAAGGAUAUUAAGCACUCCAUGAAAGAGUGUGACUUUGAAAUAAAUCGACUCAACGUUGAGAAGAAACAUGUAAUGAAUGAGAAAAUCGCCAUCAGUAAACAGCUUUUGAACUCCACACAAGAAAACGACCUGCUCAAUGAAAAAGUGAAAAUAUUUCAAGCCACUAUUGAUAAAGGCAAAACCCUCUACGCCAAACGUCUUCACGAUAUUCGACUGUUGAAAUUCGAAAUAGAGCAGUUACGGAAAGAGAAAGGUAACUUGUCCAAAGCACUGAACAACACCACAGACUUCCGUUCGGAGAUCUAUCACUUGGAGAGAGACCUUGCCAAAGAGAGACUCAAGUCUAAAGCACUAGAGGAGGAACUCCAAACACCCCUGAAUGUGCAUCGAUGGCGGAAGCUUGAGGGAUCCGACCCAAGCAAACUAGAGCUGAUACAGAAAAUUCACAUCCUCCAGAAACGUCUGGUGAAGGGAAUUUCAACGAUAGAGGAGCAGGAAAAGAAGUACGUAGAGGUAGAACAGAAGUACGAGGUGUUGAAGUUGAAAUUCUGUCGUCAGCCGACUCCUCAGGCCUCUCAACAACUCUAUAAAGUCCAGCUCAUAUUGAGGAAGAAGAUACAAACUAUCAAGAGACUCACAACCAAAGUAAAUGUUCUGGUCUCUCGAAAUACGGAGUUGAAGCAUAACUUGGAGUGCGCUAACACCGAACUCAAUAAUUUGAAGAAAUCCUAUUUUGAUCAGAAAAGAAAAGAAGACAAGUAUAAGCAGCAAAUAGCUGACAUGAGAAAACUGAAUAAUCCGGAAAAUGAUGAUCUCGCUCUUCCUCCUAUCAAAUCGAACGUCUUUGUCAGUUCAGUUCUAAGGCAGAGCUUCUAAAGUGUGAAACUUUAUGAAAUAAAUUAUCAUUUAUUAUAAAUUAA